GCAUUGAUGAAACUCCUCGAAACUCCAGAGGAAAAACGUGCCCGUAGAAUUUCAAAGAAAGAGGCAAAAGAGCGUUUCAGACGAGAACGAAUGGGCUGGGGCAAAGAGUACCUGGGUUACACAAAUGACGAUAAUCCUUUUGGUGACCGCCGGCUUUCGGAGACAUUUGUUUGGAAAAAGAAGCUUGAUACAAAAGGCCUCUCUCAUCUCGAUCACGACACCAUUCAGCAACUUCAGAGCAAGAAAAUGGAGGAAAAUAAGUUAGAAUUAGAGGCUGUUAGGAGACGGAGGCUCGAACGCGAAAAAGAAAAGGAAGAACGCGAAAAGGAGUUGGAACUUUUGCAGAGAGAUAAAGAGGCAGAAUACUACAAGUCCUGGGAACAACAGGAGGACACUUUCCACCUAGAACAGGCGAAACUCCGAUCAAGAAUACGAAUAGCUGAUGGUCGGGCCAAGCCUAUUGAUUUACUCUCGAAGUAUAUUGCGGAUCAGGACGAAAAUAACUCAGGCACAUCGGGUGGAGAUAUUUCAAGUGCUAUUGAACUACUUGAGCCAACACAAUUUCUAGUUGGACUUGGAAUAGAGGACCUAGAAGACCUGAUUGAAGACAUCAAGGUUAAACCCCACGGUUUUGCCAGUGUUCGCCGCAGAGUGGUGAUACAUUUAGGAAUAAGUCACUCUGUACAAGCCCUUUAUGAUCUAUGCCUUAGCAAAGGGAAUUAUAUAAUCGUUUUUAUAUUGGAACAACUUGUCGAAGCCUUCAACUUCUACGCUUUGAAGUACUUGCACUGUGACCAUACUUUGCAUUUUGUGCAGGUUGUGUACAUGGAGCUAGAAAAGGGCCAGAAUGUGGAAUACUGGCGGGACAUAACGGUGGUCGUUGAGGACGAGUUGCGACAACUGCGUCAGACGGAGGUAUCUUCUUCCAGCGCUCGUGGUGGCGGCGGUGAGACCAGCGCUGCAGCCAGAAGUUCAAUGAUGAAUAUCAGUCAGUCAGUUCUGCAGUCUGUGGCGGCUACUCUAAAGGGCAAAUCUUACAGCCAGUUAGAGGCUCUGGAACGCCAGUAUAUCCUCUUUACUCUAAUUAGUCUCGGCCAUACCUAG